AUGCGUCAAGUUAACGUUCUAUUUAUAUUUUUGUGUCUAGAAAUAAUACAGUUUGGAAAUUCUUCAAAUUUAUGGUUAAAUACUAAAGACAAACGCGUUGAAUUGUUACAAGAAAGAGCUCAUAACAUGACAGGACGUAAAAAGAUAAAUAAUAAUUUAUUUGCUGUACAAUUUAAAAGUGUAUCAUGUCAGAUAUAUUACUAUGACAGUGAGUACGCAAAGACACCGGAAUCGGAGGAUAAAAACAAAUCGUUAUCGAAAUUUUAUGUUUGCAUGAACUGUAUAUUUGCCGAAUGGAUUCAAAAUAAAUUGUUUAAAUUUGUUAAAGGAUUUCCAUUGUUAUAUCAAUCAAAACUUAUGGACGAGUAUGAUGCAUACAAAUCUGAUUUUAAGAAAUCACUUGCGGUUUUAAACGGAAUUAUGGAACAAACAGUACGGUUCAUAAAUAUACUGUUCAAUUUUUUGAAUAUAGUAACUUACAGUGCGUUUAUGGAUAUAGAUUUGUUAAAAACAUUGUUGUCGUUCAGUUUUAAAAUCAACUAUAUAAAUAAUCUUCAAUAUCAAUAUGAGUACGACGAAAGAUUAAAAGNUGUGACAUUACAUCUGAUUAUGCAAAUAAACAAUUUUAUGGCUAUUGGACGACCGACAGUGAAGCAACCGAAAAUGACAUAAACGAAUUCCUUCGGGAAAUAAAGCCAAUGAAUUUAGAAACAGUACGUGAGUAUUGCAGUACGAAACAAAUGUUAUUGGGCAAUAUACUUGUAGAUAGUGUAGAUACUAACUGUGUAACUAAGGAUCUAGAAAUGGUGUACUUCGAAUGUGAAUGUGAAAACAAUGUAUCCAUAAAUACUCAAGCAUUCUUCGAAAAAAUUAAAUUUUCUGAUAAUCUGGAAGUGAUAUUCUGGUAUAUGAAAUCGGUUUACAUCGCAAUCGUAAAAUUAAUAAGUAAGAAAACGCUCCUAGCAUUAGAAGAUAUUUUACUAAACAGAAAAAAAAAAGAAAAUGUCAUAAAAUUGAAUGGAGAUUUUUUUACAUGGUUCGAUACAAUACAUUUUUUCUUUUCAAUUUAUUCGGAUUUGCCUUUGGAGUUGAUUGAUAGUUUCAGAAGAUUAAUUAAAAACAGGAUAAUUGAUGAUGAGAGCCUACAAAAAUUAAUGAAAAAUUUACGAAUGUAUAACACAAAUAAACUGAAAUACAAGAAAUCGGAGCUAUAUUAUCCAAAAGUUAAAAUAAGUGUACGUCAUUCUUUAGAUAGAUCACUGGAAGAUUUUAUGAAUUCAAUGAUUAAUAAAAUUGAUGAUUACAAAUGUUUCGUUAAUUUACUAGAAUUCCUAUACGUAGAAUACAGUAGGUAUUACACGCCUUACAUGAAGAACGUCAAAAAAGUGUUCACGUUCAUGGAAGUAAAUCUAUGCGGAAAUGGUGCACGUGAGCAAUACAAACCUCUGAAUAAUUUAUAUGAGUAUUUUAACACUGAAAGUAGUAAACCGAGUAUGUCCACAUCCGUGUAUCUUGCUAAUAAUUAUGAUUCUGCCGUCAAAAACGGCUGUGACUUGGUUGUCAAAUUGUAUCAGUAUUGUUUCGAGACAUUUAUAGUUCUUAACGAUAUUCAAUUUAAAUAUACAAACACAAAUGACAUAGAUUUCAACGAAGUCAAGGAAAAUAUCAACUCUAUCAUAAAUUAUUUGACAGAUUCAACAAUUAAAUAUGAAAAUACUUCCCUUAAUAGAAUCACAUUUAAUUUGAUUCCGUUAAUACCGUUCGUAGGAGUCCAGCUUUACGACAAACGGAUUUAUUCUGAACUAAAACGGCUAGUGCAUGUGAUCAUGUCUGAACUAAAUACGUAUGGAAUAGAUUACUGCGUUCCGCCAAGUAAUAAUUAUUUGUUAUUUAACAAUAUCGAUUUGGAUAGAAUUGGUAAACACAACACAUAUUUCGUUGAAUGGCAAAAGUAUAUCGACUCACUAAGCGUGAAAAAGGAACUUCCUAGUUAUUCGGAUUUGAGCAAAAUAUAUUCCGACCAAUACCCUUUUAUCCUUGUGUACGACCAAAUCGUAUUGUUUAAAUGGAAAGGCGAAUUAAAACCUCUUACAUAUAUUUUUUUGAAUAUUAAUAAUGCGAUUACUUCUUCGAUUUAUGUAAACGCGUUAUACGAUCUUUAUUUUAAAUUUACUCUUGUCGUUAUGUUUUAUGAAGCACAAUGUCUAAUGAAACAUUUAGAUGCAGAUAAACGUAAUAUUAAUGUAGAAGAAAUGACUUAUGGAAAAUAUGUUAUUGCCAAAUUACCACCCGAGAGUGAUUUUCCUCCAUAUUUUAACGAGUUUAUAUCAAACUACAGUUUAUAUAUGAUCUCAUACUAUUCAUGUAUUACAGCGCCAGACAAUUGCAAAUCUGAAAAAAUGUAUAUCGAUAAUGAAAGUAAUUUAUAUGAUCUAUUCAGAAUAUAUGGCGUUGAAUUGGAUAUCAAGUCACGGAAACAGGCAUCUGUUUUACCCAUUGACAAAUCGAAAAACAAAAAUAUUUUUCAAUGGCUUACAUCGACGAUUUUUUCGGAGAAAUUAGACGAGUUUGUGGAAAUAGUAGAUGAGUUAUUAUUAACUGUAAAGGAGGUUAAAAUGCUAUUUGAUGUGUAUGAAUCGUAUUAUAAAAAUAUACCGGAUUAUUAAUUUUACUGACGGUAAAAAGGUGUAAGGCAAAAUAAGACUCGAAUAUUAUUAACUUUAUAACUUAUACCUAUACUAAUAUACUGACCUAAAACUUAAUAACGUAUUAAUUAUUCCUCUGAAACCUGGGACCGAAAACAUAAACCGACGAGGUUAAUUAACUGUUUGUAUAUCAUUAAAUCGUUUUAAUUUUCAAACGUCGAUGUUUGUCGUGUAAAAUGACACGAUAAUUAUUAUUCAUAGCUUUCCACCAAACUAACAAAAAUUCCAACGAAUUAAUAUCUAUUUCGAACAUUUUUCAGAUAAAUAUUUUUAAAUGUACACAAUGCACACCGCACUCUCAUGAUCUCGCUGUGUUACAGUUACAAGUAGAAAUGUGCGAUAGUAUUUUUUUCUUUUAAAUAAUUUGUUUGUACCUACUCAGUUGUAAUAGCGGUAAUUAAAUUACACAUUUUUUAAUUAUUCAAUAUUGUUUUCUAUUUAUUAUUAUUUUUAAGUGAAUAAUGUACAAAUUAUGUGAUUUGUACAAAAUUGAUUUACACGAAUCGUAC